UAUUUUAGCAGUCUCCUAAAUUUUCCAAACCCAGCUUCUAAAAUUUCCCCCCUUCACGCUCAAAAUUUCCAAAACCCUCCUUUUCGAAAUUACUCAAAUCCUGAGUCGCCGCCCUCUGAUUUUCUCUGGCUUCCUCCUCGUCCACGCCUUCCUCUCCCACCCCUUCUAAUUCGUCCUCCUCGACGGCGUCACUCUCCCUCUCCUCGAAUAAUUGGGGGUGAUACUGGCGCUCUCCCUCUACUCGAAUGGUCUUUUUCUCUGUCCUCGUCAAUCUCAAUCCCAUCGAUGGCCGAGCAAAAGCAGGGCUCAUCUCAAACCAAGGGGCCACUGAGGCCAUCGGGAGCUGCGGUGUCAGAGAUAUGGAGAAGGGAGCUGGGUUUAUCUCAGACUCACCAGUUCACCCGCAGAGUUAGGGCUUCUGAGUGGUUGCAGUAUCUGAUGGUCAAAAAGCAUGGGAGAUAGUAAGGGAAAGGCCUGAUAGUAUCGAUGUAGUUCUCGUUGAAGUUGAGGUCCCGUCGAUCUCGGGAACUAGCCUCCUUUCCAUGAUAAUGGAUCAUGAGGGCUGCAAGCACAUUCCUGUGAUAAUGAUGUCCUCCAAUGACUCUGUCAACAUAGUUUUCAACUGCAUGCUGAAAGGCGCAGCAGACUUCCUCGUGAAGCCUGUCCGUAAAAAUGAGCUGAUGAACUUGUGGCAGCACGUUUAGAGGAGACAAACUUUAAAUGAUGGCAUUGGCAAUAAAGGUGUUCACCGAGAUGAUAAUGCAAUGAAAACAUUUGAAGAUAAUCCUCGAAAAGCAAAGCAACUAGUGGUGGAUCAGUACCUCCAAUGCAUAUCAAUAAAGAAGACGGUGAGAAAGGGAGUGAUGCCAAAUGCAGAGUUCUUGUACAAAGUCAGAUGUGGAAGUAGAGAGCGUGUGCAAACAAAGUAACAUAGAGCCUCAGCGGAGAACAUGCAAGGAUUAUUCUAAUAUAAUUGAGACUAUAUGUCAGAAUGAUGAAUGAAAGUUUGGAUGAAAUGCUGAAGAAUUUGCACCUCUCAAUGGGGCAUGCGUCGCAAAUGAUCAAUUGAUCGUAGAAGAGUAAUCUUGUGCGCUCGUAGAUACUGCAACUCAGAAGCAACUCAUCAAUUUGAUCAGCACAAUAGAUAAUCAACAAGCUGUAGUUAUGAGCCAAGGGAAAAUAGUGCAAAAAAUGAUAACCUUUAUUAUACUCAAGAAGUUGUAUCGUGUGAUGAGGAGUUCAGCUGCAGCCCAGAUUCUACACCUUUACUGGAGCUGUCAUCGAGUAGAUACAAUCAUAGUUAUGUUGAAAAGAAAGAGAAGAAUGAAUGCAAGAUUCUGAACCAUUCGAGUUCUUCAGCCAUUUCACUCGUACUAAAAUUCCAGCAUCUCAACUGGGGAUAAAGGAGUACUUACCAGCAUAUCUCGGGACGAAAUUGAGUCGCGAGGACCUCCUCACUGGUGUAAACUUCGCAUCUGGCGGCUCUGGAUAUGAUCCCCAAACUGCCCGUUUAGUGUCAGUUUUAAGUGCGACUGAUCAACUAAACCUAUUCAAAGAAUACAAGGAGAAGCUGAAGAUCAUUGCAGGAGAAGAAAGAGCAGCAGACAUCAUCACGAAGAGUAUAUAUCUCGUUGUCUUGGGAACUAAUGACUUAUCAACCACUUAUUUUACCAUGCAACUUCGAAAAUUGGAGUAUGAUCUUCCUUCUUACAUCAAAUUUGUGGUACAACAAGCUUCCAGCUUUUAUCAGGAGCUUUAUGAAUCAGGUGCUCGGAAAAUUGGAGUCAUAGGAAUUCCUCCUAUAGGAUCGUUACCAUCAAAAAGAACAAGUGCAGGAGGUAUAAAAAGGGACAGUGUGCCUCUGUAUAAUGAAGCCUCCAUGAUGCUUAACAGAGAGCUAUCCUUAGAGAUACAAAGGCUUAACAGCAAAUUACCCGGAUCAAGGAUAGUCUAUAUAGAUAUCUACACACCUUUGCUUGAUAUGAUCUCGAAUCCAUCUGCCUAUGGUUUCGAGGUAUCAACGUUGGGUUGUUGCGGAACUGGAACUUUCGAGGUCACAUUAACAUGUAAUAAAUUGACUACAGAUGUAUGCGAUGAUGUUUCCAAGUAUUUAUUUUGGGAUAGUUAUCACCCUACAGAGAGAGCCUACCAGAUUUUGGUGACCGAAAUGCUACAGAAGUAUGGCUCCCUAUUUAACUAACAAGCUUCGGCGCUUGUGUUGAUGAUGUUUCCAAUUGUUUCUACUCAAUUGGACUUGUUUUUUCUUAAGUACUGGCUAUACAUAAGCUCCUUUGUGUUGAUGUA